UCCAGACUUUAAACCUGUGAAAGCAGGGCUUGGGUGAGACGGGGACCACUGACAAGAGAAUCUCCCAAGCCCAGGGGAGAAACAGAUUUGAGCUUCAUCUGAGAGAGGGCAAGGGCAGGCCAAGCGGAUUAUGGCGCUAGUGGACAAUGAGGUCUCUUUCACGGUGAAGUUUUUGGGCCAAAUAGACGUGGACCGCGCAGAUGGCUUACAGGUUCUGAAUGAGGCGGCAGGUCUCUUGAAGAUGUCUGACGGCACCAGUAAGAUGAAAUCCAAGCAGCAGAAGGUGUCCCUGUUUCUGUCAUUAAAUGGCAUCGAUGUCCUGAACCACAAAACGAAGUUCAUGCUGCACAGCUGCCCCAUGUCCUCCAUCUCCUUCUGUGGCGUCCACCAGACCAUGCCGAACCUCUUCGGCUUUGUGGCCAAGAGCCCUGCGGGCGAUCGUCACCACUGCUACCUGUUCCAAAGCACCAAGUUUUCCCAUCUCCUGGUGUCCAUCAUCGGAGACACCUUCCAAGCUGCAAAGGCCAAUGAGAACUUUGGAUGGGACAAGGACCUGCUUGUGGAAGCUCUGAGACACAAGAAUAAGAUGCUGCAAAGUGAAAACGUCUCUCUGAAAAAGAAGAUUGCCACCCUCGAGGCACAGGCAGCGUCCCAGCAGAGUCCGGCAACUCAGUAAAACAUCAGGGUGGGGAUGACAAAGACACGCUGUGCUGAGGGCACACCAUGCGGUCCUGAUGAAAAACCAAGACAGAGAAUCACGGUUUCCAAGCAGAAGUCUGACACUCUUUCCAUUUCUGGACUCCUCUGUUCCCGGCCCCACGGCACUCUUAUCAUCAGAGAAGCUGCUCUGUUCCCCGUCUUUGGACAAUUCCUCCAGGGCUUGUGAUCUCCCUGUACUACUUUGCACAUUCUAGCACAGCUACCCAGCGUAAUAUCCCCCCAGAGGCUCCUGCUACAGGUUUCUUUCCUUAAAACCCUUAACAAUGUGUCAACCAGUCUACAAGUCUUCUAGCUUGGCUUUUCUUAUUUGUGUAAAGGGGUUCUUCAGGCACAAUUUUAAAGGGCCACAUACAGUAUGUGUCACAUUUGUAGUCCCUCCCCCUUAAGGGCGCUCUGGCUCGUUCAGUUUUUUCGUUGAUUUUGUGCACCUGCCCCCGGUUCCAGCCCACCUUUAACAGCCAGACGCUCGCUCUGUUCCGGGCUCUGUUGGAACCUCCGGAGGCUCGCCUACCACCGAGUCGCCCUAUGUCCGAGCGUUUAAAGUUGUUUAAACUACAAACUACAAUCACGUUAGCUCUCUCUGCCCUUUCCUUUAUGCCUGUCUGGGAAAGGGUUUAAUGGCAUUUUUAGAUCUUAAGAACACAAGUAGGUUUACAAACGAAAGGCCAAUUACCCCACGUUAUCUUGGCCUUAAGUGUAGUUAACUGAUGCCUGUAUCACGUCCAGAUGUUUCUUGAUAGAAGGCAGAUUAUCACCCUUGACAACACAGCUGGGUACCCUGUUUCUUGCGCCAACACCUCAUUUAACUCAUGAGCCUCCAGGUGUACACUGUGAACUCACUAAAGCCACUAACAACCAGAUGAACUACUGUAUACCUGCCAAAUGGCCUCCUCUAAUCUAUAAACUUCCUUCUGCUCUUAAGUACACAUGUGACUUUUUCCCCUUUAUUAAAUCCCUUUUUCAUCAAAUGA